GUCGGGGCCGCCGCUCCGGACCCGCCGCCGCCGCCGCCGCCGCCGUUGCCGCCGCCGCCUCCUCCCCCCGGAUCGGGUGUACUGUCCCAACCCGAAAGUCCAGUUCUGCGGCCCGGCAGCGGCGAGCGAGCGCGAUGACACAGGAGUACGACAACAAACGGCCGGUGCUGGUUCUUCAGAAUGAAGCCCUUUAUCCACAGCGGCGCUCCUACACUAGCGAGGAUGAAGCCUGGAAGUCGUUCCUGGAAAACCCUCUCACGGCAGCCACCAAAGCCAUGAUGAGCAUCAACGGGGAUGAAGACAGUGCCGCCGCGCUGGGCUUGCUCUACGACUACUACAAGGUUCCCAGAGAGAGAAGGUCAUCAGCAGCCAAGCCAGACGUGGAGCUCCCCGAGCCAGAUCACAGCAAAAGCAGCGUCCCAAACGUGGGCGAGCAGCCGCUCGUGUCCGUCGGGGAGAACAGAGUGCAGGUGCUGAAAAACGUGCCUUUUAACAUAGUCCUUCCGCACGGCAGUCAGCUGGGCCUUGACAAGAGAGGCCACCCGACGGCUCCCGACACCACGGUCACCGUCUCCAUCGCCGCGAUGCCCACGCACUCCAUCAAGACGGAGACCCAGCCGCACGGCUUCGCGGUGGGCGUCCCCCCGACCGUGUACCACCCGGAGCCCCCCGAGCGGGUGGUGGUGUUCGACCGGAACCUGAAUACCGACCAGUUCAGCUCUGGCGCUCAGCCCCCGAACGCUCAGAGGCGGACUCCAGACUCCACCUUCUCGGAGACCUUCAAGGAAGGCGUGCAGGAGGUGUUCUUCCCCUCGGACCUCAGUCUGCGGAUGCCUGGCAUGAGCUCAGAGGACUAUGUUUUUGACAGUGUUUCUGGGAACAACUUCGAGUAUACCCUGGAAGCCUCCAAGUCGCUGCGACAGAAGCCGGGAGACUGCACCAUGACCUACCUGAACAAGGGCCAGUUCUACCCCGUGACCUUGAAGGAAGUGAGCAGCAGCGAGGGGAUCCACCACCCCAUCAGCAAAGUCCGGAGUGUCGUCAUGGUGGUUUUUGCCGAGGACAAAAGCCGAGAGGACCAGUUGCGGCACUGGAAGUACUGGCACUCGCGGCAGCACACGGCCAAACAAAGGUGCAUUGACAUAGCCGAUUACAAAGAAAGCUUCAACACCAUCAGCAACAUCGAGGAGAUCGCUUAUAAUGCCAUUUCUUUCACCUGGGACAUCAACGAGGAAGCAAAGGUUUUCAUCUCGGUGAACUGCUUGAGCACAGAUUUCUCUUCUCAGAAGGGCGUGAAGGGCUUGCCUCUGAACAUUCAGAUUGACACCUACAGUUACAACAACCGCAGCAACAAGCCCGUGCACCGGGCCUACUGCCAGAUCAAGGUCUUCUGUGACAAGGGAGCUGAGCGGAAAAUCAGGGAUGAAGAACGAAAACAGAGCAAAAGAAAAGGCAAGUGUACUGACCCCAGCUCCCAGUUGAACGCCUUUUCUGACGUCAAAGUGCCGCUGCUUCCCUCGCACAAACGCAUGGACGUCACGGUCUUCAAGCCCUUCGUUGACCUGGACACCCAGCCGGUCCUCUUCAUCCCCGACGUGCACUUCGCCAACCUCCAGCGAGGCGCUCACGUCCUUCCCAUUUCCUCGGAAGAAUUGGAGGGUGAAGGGUCCAACUUGAAAAGGGGGCCGUACGGGUCCGAGGACGAUUUUGGGAUCCCGCCUCCCACUAAGCUCUCCCGGAUAGAAGAACCAAAGCGAGUGCUGCUCUAUGUGCGGAAGGAGUCGGAAGAAGUCUUUGAUGCCCUGAUGCUCAGGACUCCGUCUUUGAAAGGCUUGAUGGAGGCUAUCUCAGACAAAUACGAUGUUCCGCAAGACAAGAUCGGGAAAAUAUUCAAGAAGUGUAAAAAAGGGAUCCUGGUGAACAUGGACGACAACAUCGUGAAGCACUACUCCAACGAGGACACCUUCCAGCUGCAGAUCGAGGAGGCCGCCGGCUCCUACAGGCUCACCCUCACGGAGAUCUGAGGGCGCCCUGGGCCCGCUCCCCGCGGGCUCCACGAAGGUGUCCCAUGGGCCCUUUGGUUCGGGCAGCCGCAGAGUCCCCCGUCAGCCGCCUUCCGGCCGCGGGUGGAUGGCAGCGGAGGGGACCCUCUGCGGCUGGCAGUGGCGCUGCCCUUGGCCCGGAGACGGCUUUGAACACGUUGCAUUGGCGUUUGCCGAUGACCGAGAAACCGUAGACUCUGCUAUUUGAAUGUUUUGAUAGAAAUGCUUAGGAUCACAGGGGACAACUUUGUUCCGAGAUUUAAUAGCUUCUCUGGGAACCUGUCGGGUAUCUGCUCCAUUAUUUAUAAGCGCAUUCUGGCCUCGGCGCUGGCGGCCCGGCCGGCUCCCCGGGGCCGUCCCGGGGGGGGGGCCGCGGGCUGGGGCCAGGGCGCCCCGUCGUCGGCCUCGGCCCCUCGGCCCCUCGGCGCCGUCGGCGGUGACUCCAGCAGGGCGGGCGGGCCGAGGCGCCUCCCUCCCUCCCUCCCUCCCGGAGGCCGCCAGGGGUUCCGCGUGCGUCUGCGCAGCGGCAGCCGCGCGCGCGUCAGUGCAAUAGGUGGCGAGGGCCGCGUCUGUAAAUGUGUACAUAGCUGCCCCGCUAAAUAGGUGAUAUAUUUGGGGGUCUGUACAGAGGCUGAGGGGACGCGACAGGGUCUGCCCGGGAGACCUUCUCGAGAGGUUAAGUUAUUUCGCAUCCGCCGCGCCGGGCCCCCGUGGACGUCACAGGGCAGAACCUUCUCGAGCGGCCGCCCUGGGCACUGCCGAGAAGGUGACCUUUCGGAGGUCCGCACUGCUUAACGCAGGAAGUGAAGAAACAGACCCUCCCGCGGCGCCUGUCCGCGCGCGUGGGUCCCCCGGGCGCGCGCGGGACAGAGGAGCUGCGGUCCCUGGGAUGCUGCCGUGAACCAGGUGGCCCCGGCUGCAGGGGCGUCUUCCCCAUCGUCCCGGGAGGAGAAGGGGUUCCUGUGUUCUCAUGCUUCAGAGCCUUCAAGCUCUGAUGACCUCGUGUGCUAAGAACAAGUCUCGAAAGCAUGCGUGGGUUUAUGAGACUCUUAGGAUGGCAGGAGAACGUUUUGUACACGGUUCAGUAUAUAGAAAACUCAAAAGUGUAAUUUUGUAACACAUAAAAUCGCAGGUAUCUUUCGGUUCAGAGAGCUAGAAUAGGUUAUUUGUCUAAGUAGGAUCCAUAGUUAGGCUCUUCCAUGAAAAGAUUCAAAUGAAGUAUGUGAACUCAAUCGCUGGUUUUCUAAGAUAAGAUAUGGGACACGGGUCAUAUAACAAUAUUUUAUAUUGUGUUUUAUGAAAUCGAUUUUGUCUUAUGUGUUUUUAAUUGUAUCAUUGAAGACAUAUUUUAAACCAAAGGGAUUAAAUUUUAUAUGUCUAUUUCGUAAGAUGUCAUUUCCUGUUC